ACUUCCUCUUCUUUUUUGACUUUGCCGCCCCCAUUUCCUCCCCUGGAUCUACUUUCUACUUCAUUUUCACUGAAUCUUCUUCACUAACUCGUUCAUUUUCAUUUUCCAUUUCUAUUUCUCUAUGUAAGCUUUCAAUCAUGGGCUGUUUUCAGUCCAAAACCAUUCAUCUUCCUUCCCCAGACGACGACCUUCCCCCACCACAGUCCAAACCAGAUCCAGCUAAUGGUGAAGAACUGGAAGUAGGGGAAGUUCCUGCAUUCAAGAACUUUGAGCUAGUGGAGCUUCGAGCUGCCACUAAUGGCUUCAGCUCAGAGUUGAUUGUUUCUGAAAGUGGAGAGAAAGCUCCCAAUGUAGUUUAUAGAGGGAAGCUUCGAAAUAAUCGUUUGGUUGCCAUUAAACGCUUCUCCAAGCAGUCAUGGCCUGAUCCCCAACAAUUUGUGACUGAAGCUUCUGGAGUUGGUAAACUGAGGUUUAAGAGAUUGGUUAAUUUAAUUGGAUGCUGUGCUGAGGGGGAUGAGAGGCUGUUGGUGGCAGAGUACAUGCCUAAUGACACUCUUUCAAAACAUCUGUUCCAUUGGGAGAAACAACCAUUUCCUUGGGAGAUGCGUGUUAGAGUUGCAUAUUACAUAGCACAAGCACUCGAUCAUUGUAGCACAGAAAACCGAAAAAUAUAUCAUGAUCUAAACGCGUACAGAGUCCUCUUCGAUGAGGAUGGCAAUCCUCGGCUAUCCAGUUUUGGUCUGAUGAAGAACAGUCGGGACGGAAAAAGCUACAGUACCAAUUUAGCUUAUACUCCACCGGAAUUUCUACGAACAGGCAGGGUCAUACCAGAGAGUGUGAUCUACAGCUAUGGAACCAUUUUGCUCGACCUUUUAAGCGGGAAGCACAUUCCUCCAAGCCAUGCAUUAGAUUUGCUAAGAGGGAAGAAUUUGUUACUGUUAAUGGAUUCAUCCUUGGAAGGACAAUAUGGAGAUGAUGAUGCUACUCAGUUGAUUGAUCUUGCUUCCAAAUGUCUACAAUACGAGGCAAGAGACCGUCCCGAUGUAAAGUUCGUUCUUUCAGCGGUGGCUCCUCUGCAAAAGCAGGAGGUUGCAUCGCUCGUACUAAUGGGUUUAACAAAAACACCCGUGGUGUUGCCAACUAUGCUUUCGGUACUCGGAAAAGCUUGUGUACGGAUGGAUCUUACUGCUGUACACGAUAUAUUACUUAAAGUCGGAUACAAGGACGAGGAGGGCGCGGAGAAUGAACUUUCAUUCCAAGAGUGGACUCAGCAAGUACAAGACAUGUUGAACACGAAAAAGUUUGGGGAUAUUGCAUUUAGGGACAAGGAUUAUAAAAACGCCAUAGAGAACUACUCGAAGCUAGUAUCAAUGAUGUCAGUUCCUUCUGGUACCGUGUUUGUGAGACGAGCGCUCUCCUACUUGAUGGUUGGUCAACCCGAGCUUGCAUUGAGAGACGCCAUGCAGGCUCAGGUAUGCUUGCCUGAGUGGCCGACUGCGUUCUAUAUGCAGGCUCUUGCGCUCUCGAAACUAGGAAUGGAAUCGGAUGCACAGGACAUGCUCAACGACGGAGCAUCGUUCGAAACGAAGAAGCAGAACAUAUGGCGUAGUUAAACGGGAAAGAUCCCGAGAAGCCGAGUUCUUGGUUAACUCCUGAUGUUUUAGUUGGAGAUAUGUAUAAAAGCGUCCAUCAUAGAGAGGAGCUUCUUGUGUUCUUGUGUUGUUUGGGGUUUGAACUUAAAAAAAUUUCUUAUGCUUACCUGCAAAUUGUUAUUGUAUGUAUGUAUUGGAAGAUAUAGCGAAUGAAAAUCAAGUUUUUGCAA